AUGUCGAUUAACGAUCUACAAACGGGAGGUUUAUUUGCGACGCAGUGUUCAAAUCCCAGCCUGGGUACAUUGAAUGCCUUGGUAUCGCUUUUAGUGGAGGGAAUUUUAUCAGCUCAGUGUGAGAUUUCCAAACGGGAUGACUGGCCAGAGGAUUAUGCGGAAGAGGCUUUAAGACGAGGCCUGGAGGAUUAUGAUUUUGUGGUGAUUGGUGCCGGUUCAGCGGGGUCUGUGGUGGCCAGUAGGCUAAGUGAGAAUCCGGAGUUUAAGGUUUUGGUGUUGGAGGCUGGUGGCGAUCCGCCACCAGAAUCGGAGAUCCCCGCUAUGUUUUUUGGAGUGCAAUUCACCAAUUCCAGUUUUGCCUAUUUCCCCGAGCCAAAUGGCCGUGCCUGCAGGGCCUUUAAAAAUGAACGCUGCCACUGGCCUAGGGGAAAAAUGCUGGGAGGCAGCGGAGCCAUUAAUGCCAUGUUGUAUGUCAGAGGUAAUCGUGCGGAAUAUGACAGAUGGUGUAAGGAUGGCAGUGAGGGUUGGUGUUAUGAUGAGGUGUGGCCCUAUUUCCAAAAGUCUACAACUCCCCAGGGAAAUCCAAACGACCCCAAGGGUUAUGUAAGCUUGAAUGAUUUUGGAGAUUUUGAUCGGCAUGUGGUGGAGUUGAUAACUGAAGCAGGACGAGAAUUGGGAGUACCCAAGGUGGAGGAUUUUGUGGAGGGUAGUUAUGUGGGUUAUGCCCACAUUAAGGGUACUGUGACAGAGGGAAGGCGUGGUAGUACCGGUAAGGGUUAUCUGGCCAAGGUGGCAAAGUUUCGCCCGAAUUUGAAAAUCAUUAAAAAUGCCUUUGUCACGAAAAUUAAUUUCAAUGGGGAAGGAGAUCGUGUGGAUUCCAUUGAAUUUAAACUGCGGGAUAAACACACCAUGAAGGUGAGGGUAACCAAGGAGGGCAUACUCUCAGCUGGGGCCAUUGAUUCCCCUAAACUUUUAAUGUUAUCCGGAGUGGGACCCAAGCAGGUUCUACAGCCCUUAAAUAUACCACUCAUCCACAAUCUACCGGUGGGUGAGAAUUUACAGGAUCACAGUUUGACCUUGACAUUCCUGCGAGUACCUGCCGAUCCGCCAAAUCCCAAACAAAUGCUCGAUGAUAUCUAUCAAUAUGUGGUACAUCAAAAGGGUCCGAUGAGUUCGAUUGGCAGCACCCCCUUGGUGGCAUUUUUGCAAACCGAUCCCACAAAGUCUCCCCUCUAUCCUGAUGUGGAAAUGCAUCAUCUUUCCUUUAAUCGUGGCAAUUUGUUGGGUAUGCAGCUUCUGCUGGAUGGCUUCUCCAUGAAGGAGGAAUAUAAAAAGGUGUUGAUGAAUGAAAUCGAGAACUUUGAUAUGGUAGCGGUAUUUGUAUUGGUCGCCCAUCCCAAAUCACGGGGGAGUUUGAAAAUAAAAUCUACUUCUCUCAAUGAUCAUCCUCUAAUCGAUUCGGGCUAUUUUGCUGAUCCCUCUGAUAUGGAGGUACUGCUAAGAGGCAUGAAUUAUGUCAAUAAAUUGGAACAGACCCAGGCCUUUAGGCAGAAGCAGGCUGAGAUUGUCCACAUCCCGAUUGAGGAAUGCGAUCGUUACGAAUUUAAAUCCCCGGAAUAUUGGCGUUGUUAUGCCACCUAUUUUACUUCGACUUGCUAUCAUCAGGUGGGUACUAUUAAAAUGGGUUCUGCCGAGGAUCCCAAAAGCUGUGUUGAUCCUCAGCUCAAGCUGAAGGGUGUCCGGAAUCUUCGAGUGGUAGAUGCCUCCAUUAUGCCUUUUGUUUCGAGUGGUAAUACAAAUGCUCCGACCAUUAUGAUUGCCGAAAAAGCAGCAGAUCUUAUCAGAAGGCAGUGGGAGGGUAAGGAUGGCGAGGAGGGGCAGCAAGGGGAUGUGGGUUAUAAAACCGAAUUGUAA